AUGACCGCCAACCAGCACGACUGGCAUUCCUCCAUCUCCGCUACAGAUCGCUAUGGCGCAAUACGAUCCAUCCAAGAAGCUCUGGCCGAUGGCUCCAUGACCACGGCCAUGUCCAUUGAGCAGGCCGCCUACAACGAUUCAGCAUCCUUGGACGACUACGCAGCCACAUGUAAAGCAGCAAUCGCCGCCACGGCCAACACAAGCCCUUCACAAGACAACACCUCGGGGACAAUAGGCGAUGCACGCAUAGGCUCCUACACCAACUGUGUCGCCAUCGCCGACGGCGUCACCUCCACCGUCUACCGCUCCUCUGACGGCACGACGGCCCUCAAGGUUAUCACCGCGCACCACCCCCUGCCGCCGCACAAUCCCCAGCGCGAGAUCCGCAUCCUGCGGCUCCUCGGCCCGCCGUGCAUCCCGCUUCUCGACGCCUUUCGCGACCAGACGCAGCAGCAGGUCCUCGCCUUCCCCUACAAGCCACUCACCCUCGAGGCACUCAUCGCGAGCCAAGCUGAAGCACCGCUUGCGGCAACCCAGACCAAGGCCAUCUUUGCCGACGUGCUGCGCGCGCUGGCGCACAUCCACGCGCAGGGCAUCAUACACCGCGACGUCAAGCCCUCUGCGAUCCUGCUCGACUCACCCGCGGGGCCGGCGCACCUGUCCGACUUUGGCAUCGCGUGGCAUCCGGCGCUGUCGGCGGCCGAGGAGCCCGCCGCGGCCAAGAUCCUGGACAUUGGCACAGGGCCGUACCGCGCGCCCGACAUGCUCUUCGUGAACAAGGCGUACGGCACCGAGGUGGACGUGUGGGCGCUGGGCGUCAUGCUCGCCGAGUGUCUGUCCGCGCCUCCCAGGCCGCCGUUUGAGUCGCGCGCGGCGCAAGAGGACGGGAACCAGCUCGGGCUGAUCUUGAGCAUCUUCAAGACCAUGGGCACGCCGACGCCGGAGACGUGGCCCGAGGCGGAGCGCUUCCAGGUGUCCCCGUUUCAGAUGUGGACAGUGUUUCCGCAGAGGUCGUGGCGAGAGAUACUGCCGGCCAUUGACCCAGACUGGCUGGACAUGAUUGCUUCGACGGUGCGCUACAGCAAGCGCGCAACUGCUGAGGAGCUCUUACAGCAUAAAUGCAUUCAACAACGUUGA